AUGCCCUGCAGUCUCAGCGUCGACCAGUGGAUUCAGGCAGUCAAGCUAGCUGCAGCAGCAGGCGAGAUGGUUCCAAUCCCGUACCUCAAAGGUGCUGCACAGUCUGCAGUGAUUAUUCUGCAAGCAAUCGAGAAAGCUGGCAAGAACGACGAGGACCUUCAGAAACUGGGAGAAGAUAUCGGGGCGACUAUAUGCAUAGUGAAAGAAGCCAUCGAUGAGCACGGGAUUACCAACGCGACCCAUUUCUGUGAUGUAUGCACGGAUCUUCAGACAUAUCUCGAGAAUCUUCUGGAGGAUCUGAGAAAGACCCAGCCUGAGAAUAAACUAAAGCAUAAACGAUUUAAACGCUUCCUAAAGACGAAGAAGGUUUCGGAUGCCAUCAACGAGUACAAGCAAAAGAUGAAGGACAUCAAAGAUAAUUACGUUGUUCGUGGUAUCACUAACUUACAGUUAGAGAUACCAGCGAUGCGAGAUGUCUUGAGCACCGAGUUCACUGAAGCUACGGAGAAGUCGCGAUCAUGCAUGGCAUCGACUAUCGAUUCUCGAACUGAACAAAUCUUGGGCGAGAUACGUAGCUUGGAAGAGGGGCAUAUAACACAGGUCUCUGCAGAGCUGAAAGAAGUGACACACUACAAAGGCGCGGUGAUGAUAUGGAUCAGGGUAAUACCCGGGUUGAAGAAUACUGAAUAUUCUAGUAUCAGCAAGAAGAAUAGAGAAAGUAAGAGAAAAUACUAUUCCGGAUUUUUUGCUGAAGGCGACAUCAACCUAGUUAAGAGGGCUCCUCCUCCAUGGCAGGACAGUGACAAAACGAUACAACUGUUGAUCCGCAUAUACAAGCCGUCUGUCAAUCACGAACAGGAGGCAUUAAAACGACUCGAUCGCAAUGUCGAUGCCUUUAUAAAGCCCAGGCACCUAAACAUUCCGCAAGUCUAUGGCGUAUGCGUAAUAAAAGCCCUUGUUCAAGAAUUUAUGGACGGCCUCACUGUGAAGGAAUUCGUACCGUUCUAUAUUAAAUUUCGUGCUACGCCGAAAGUGGUCACUUCUCAAGCUAAGUACCAUUCUGGAAGGAUAUCAAUCGAGGCGGCGGGUCAACGGUUGAGUGACGGUGCUGUUCAUUAUGAAAGGGAGAUGACCAAGGGAACAUUCAUACAAGAGAAUCACGCCUGA